CUCUCACACAUUUCACACUACACGCACGCUUUAAAUAGUGAAAAUAGAGUGACGGGUGAAAAAGUGUUCUAUUCUCUAAUUUUAUUCAUUUCACAGCACAAAACACACUUCACUCUUUUUUCUCAUUUCUCUCUCAAACCUUCUUCAAGGAAAUGGGUUCACAGGAGAACGAAGAAUGUUUACCCCCGCCACCUCCCAUUGUCCCAGCAGACAUUGAACCAAUCAAGAUUGAGCCGCAGAUAGUUAAGAAAAAACUUCCCACCAAGGUUCCAAUGGCAAGACGUGGACUUGGGUCUAAGGGAGCUAAACUGCCUCUGCUUACUAAUCACUUUAAAGUGAAUGUUACCAACACUGAUGGUUAUUUCUUUCAGUACAGUGUUGCUCUUUUUUAUGAAGAUGGACGCCCUGUUGAAGGAAAGGGUGCUGGUAGGAAGAUACUUGAUAGAGUUCAAGAAACUUAUGGUUCCGAGCUUAACGGGAAAGACCUUGCUUAUGAUGGGGAGAAGACUCUGUUUACUAUUGGCUCACUUGCUCAGAACAAGCUUGAAUUUACUGUUGUUCUUGAAGAUGUAACUUCAAACAGGAACAACGGUAAUGCUAGCCCUGAUGGACACGGAAGUCCAAAUGAUACUGAUAGGAAGAGGUUGAAAAAAUCACACCGAUCAAAGACCUACAAAGUUGAAAUCAGCUUUGCCUCAAAGAUCCCUCUGCAGGCCAUCGCCAAUGCCUUAAAAGGGCAUGAAACUGAGAAUUAUCAAGAAGCGAUUAGGGUUCUUGACAUUAUCUUGAGGCAACAUGCUGCCAAACAGGGCUGUCUGCUUGUCCGCCAAAACUUUUUCCACAAUGAUCCGAAAAAUUUCACAGAUGUAGGAGGUGGUGUUCUUGGAUGCAGAGGGCUGCAUUCUAGCUUCAGGACCACACAAAGUGGGCUGUCUUUGAAUAUAGACGUGUCAACAACCAUGAUUGUCCAUCCUGGGCCUGUGGUUGAUUUCUUGAUUGCAAACCAGAAUGUGAGAGAUCCUUUCAGUCUUGACUGGAAUAAGGCUAAAAGGACUCUAAAGAAUUUGAGGAUCACUACUAGCCCAACCAACCAAGAGUACAAAAUUACUGGUUUAAGUGAAAUGCCAUGCAAGGACCAGCUGUUUACUCUGAAGAAGAGGGGUGCUGUUCCUGGAGAAGAUGAUACCGAGGAGAUCACUGUUUAUGAUUAUUUUGUCAACCGCAGAAAAAUUUCUCUACAGUACUCAGCUGAUCUGCCAUGUAUUAAUGUGGGAAAGCCAAAGCGACCUACAUUUGUCCCAGUUGAGCUUUGCUCAUUGGUAUCCCUUCAACGAUAUACCAAAGCCCUGUCCACACUCCAGAGAUCCUCCCUUGUGGAAAAGUCUAGGCAGAAGCCUCAAGAGCGGAUGAGGGUCUUGACGGAUGCCUUAAAAACAAGUGACUAUGGCUCUGAACCCAUGCUACGUAACUGUGGAAUUUCAAUAACAUCUGGGUUCACACAAGUUGAUGGGAGGGUUUUGCAGGCUCCAAGGUUGAAGUUUGGGAAUGGCGAAGACUUCAAUCCCAGGAAUGGUAGAUGGAACUUCAACAACAAGAAAAUUGUGCAACCUGUUAAAAUAGAGAAAUGGGCUGUGGUGAACUUUUCUGCGCGUUGUGAUGUGCGAGGACUUGUGAGGGAUCUGAUAAAAUGUGGAGGAAUGAAAGGAAUUCAUGUUGAACAGCCUUUUGAUUGCUUUGAAGAAAAUGGCCAGUUUAGGCGUGCACCACCUCUGGUCCGUGUUGAAAAAAUGUUUGAACAUGUUCAGUCCAAACUACCUGGUGCUCCCAAGUUUCUUCUUUGUCUCCUUUCUGAGAGAAAGAACUCUGAUCUUUAUGGUCCAUGGAAGAAAAAGAAUCUUGCAGAGUUUGGAAUUGUUACUCAGUGUAUAGCUCCUACCAGGGUGAACGACCAGUAUCUGACCAAUGUUUUGCUGAAGAUCAAUGCAAAGCUUGGUGGCAUGAAUUCUCUUUUAGGCGUUGAACACUCUCCAUCCAUUCCCAUUGUGUCAAAAGCUCCUACUCUAAUUUUGGGCAUGGAUGUUUCUCAUGGUUCACCUGGGCAAACUGAAAUUCCCUCAAUUGCUGCGGUCGUAAGCUCAAGGCAAUGGCCCUUGAUAUCUAAAUAUAGGGCAUGCGUCCGUACUCAGGGUGCUAAGGUUGAAAUGAUUGACAAUCUGUUCAAGCCAGUGUCAGAUACGGAGGAUGAAGGAAUAAUAAGGGAGCUUUUGAUUGAUUUUUAUAAUAGUUCUGGGAACAGAAAACCAGACAAUAUCAUAAUUUUCAGGGAUGGUGUCAGCGAGUCUCAGUUCAACCAAGUUUUGAACAUUGAACUGAGCCAAAUCAUUGAGGCCUGCAAAUUUCUUGAUGAAAAGUGGAACCCCAAAUUUCUGGUUAUUGUUGCCCAGAAGAAUCAUCACACAAAGUUCUUCCAGCCUGGAUCUCCGGAUAAUGUGCCUCCUGGUACUGUUGUGGACAACAAAAUCUGUCAUCCCCGGAAUUAUGAUUUCUACAUGUGUGCUCAUGCUGGAAUGAUUGGUACCAGUAGGCCAACUCAUUAUCAUGUCCUUUUGGAUGAGAUUGGCUUUUCUCCAGAUGAUCUUCAAGAGCUUGUGCACUCUCUCUCCUAUGUUUAUCAGCGGAGCACUACUGCCAUCUCUGUUGUUGCUCCAAUCUGCUAUGCCCAUUUGGCUGCUUCUCAAGUGGGACAGUUCAUGAAGUUUGAAGACAAGUCUGAAACUUCAUCUAGCCAUGGUGGUAGCGGUCGUGAUAUCAAUGCCUCUCCCAUCCCACAGUUGCCCAAAUUGAUGGAUAGUGUCUGCAACUCUAUGUUCUUUGUUUGAGUUAUGGAGUAAUGAUCCAAACUUGUUAUUUACUUUGCACAAUCAAACUUAUGUAGUUUUAGUGAUGAAACUGUUGAUGUCUGGUGGAUGACCUUUGCUGCAAGGUCGGGUCUUUGAAUACUUUUUGUUGUUGACACAUGUCUUCAGACAUGCACGUGUCACGUUUUUUGUUGAGCUAUUUUGGAUGAAUGUUAAUAUUUGUGGUUUGCUGAAAGAUCCUUAGUUUGAGAAUACUUGUUGUCACGUGCCUUCCCACGUGUCACUUUUUUUUAUCUGCUAUUUUGGAUAUGAAUGUGAAUAUUUAUUUAUGUUUUGCUA